AUGCAGGAGUCGCCGUUUGUGACUGACGAACGACUUGACAACAUCAGACGAGAGACAGCCGAAAACCCCUCACUCCAAACCUUGAUGACAGUCACCCAGCAAGGUUGGCCAGACAACAAAGCUGAAGUUCCCACGUGUAUUUUCGAAUACUGGCCAUACAGAGAUGAACUAUCAACUCAGAACGGACUUGCCUUCAGGGGAACCAGGAUCGUCAUUCCUGCAACAAUGAGAACCGAGAUGACAACACGAGCACAUGCGUCACACCUAAGUAUCCAGUACACUACAAAUACAGCUAGAGACAUCAUGUAUAGACCAGGCAUGUCAGCUGACCUUACAGAAGCAGUACAGCGAUGCUCCACCUGUCAAGAAAUGCAACCAGCACAGCAGAAAGAGCCAAUGAUGACACAUCCCAUACCUCAGCUACCAUGGCAAGCAGUUGCCAGUGAUUGCCUGGAAGUGCAAGGCGAACACUACUUGGUCCUAGUAGAUCUGUACUGUGACUACAUAGAAUUAGUUCAGCUUACAGACAUGUCAUCUAAAACUCUCAUCCAGCAGAUGAAACCGAUAUUUGCAACCAACGGGACACCAGCAGUUCUUAUAUCAGACAAUGGAACCAACUACAGCUCACAGGAAUUCCAAGAGUUCACCAAGGCAUGGGAAACAUAUCACGUAACUAUACAUCCUCAUCACCACAAGUCUAACGGGAAGGUGGAGUCGGCAGUGAAGAUUAUGAAGAGAAUCAUCAUCAAGGCCAGGAAAGACGGCUCAGACCUGUGGAAGACACUAUUGGAAUGGGGAGACUCACCAACUCCAGUGGUUUCCAUGGCAACAACGCCAAGCAGUUACGUUGUACAAGUCAAUGGCAGGACGUAUCGCAGAAAUCGGGUAAAUUUGUGA